UCAUGUCUGUGGCUGUUGCAUGAUUGCACCAUCUGACAUAACCUAAACUUAUAUAGAACCUAAGCUAACCCAGCUUUUCGGCGCACUUCUGGUGAAAGAGGCAAGGACUGAAGGUACGAGUCCGCGCACGCCUUGUCCAUCCGAUUGCAACAUCCCAUCGGAUAUCACCAAUACAAUCCAACGCCGGCAUUUCAGAAGAGUGUGCACGUGUUAACUGUCAUUAGUGGUUUCAUAACUUUUCGUUUACUUUUGUUUGUUAUAAUUCCGUGUGUAAACAUAUCUGUGUGAGUAAACUUUACAAUGGCUACUAGAGUUCAGUUCGAAAAUAAUAACGAAGUUGGAGUAUUCAGCUUGUUGACAAAUUCUUACUGUAUGGUCGCUAUUGGUGGCUCAGAAAACUUCUACAGUGUUUUUGAGGCUGAGUUGGGAGAAACUAUACCAGUAAUACACGCAUCAGUUGCUGAAUGUCGCAUUAUUGGCAGAUUAUGUGUUGGUAACCGUCACGGACUACUAGUCCCAAACACAACUACAGACACGGAGCUCCAACACAUCCGCAACUCGCUGCCUGACACUGUGCGGAUACAGAGGGUUGAGGAGAGGUUGUCUGCGCUCGGCAAUGUAAUCUCUUGCAACGAUUAUGUAGCUCUCGUUCAUCCUGACCUGGAUAAGGAGACAGAAGAAAUACUGGCAGAUGUAUUGAAAGUUGAAGUAUUUCGUCAAACAGUAGCCAGCAAUGUACUCGUGGGCUCGUACUGCGUAUUGUCUAACCAAGGAGGGCUGGUACACCCCCAGACUUCUGCACAGGACCAAGACGAGCUUUCCUCCCUCCUACAAGUUCCUCUGGUGGCCGGCACAGUGAACCGAGGGUCAGAUGUGGUCGCUUCGGGGAUGGUGGUCAACGAUUGGUGUGCAUUCUGUGGUAUGGACACCACCUCCACCGAGAUCUCAGUCAUCGAAAGUGUCUUUAAACUUAACGAGGCUCAGCCCUCUGCCAUUACCACCACGAUGAGGUCUUCACUCAUCGACAGCAUUGCGUGAGAAGCCAUUUCCACUCGUGUACAAGAUAUUCCUUCUCCUAAGUGCAGAUUAUAUGGGAGCGGCUUUAUAAUUGAAUAAAGUGUAAGUAGAAAUAGAUCACUAUGUUGUUGAUGUUAACAUUAAAUGAACAUUUUACUUUCUUUAUUAAAAA